AUGGCUAUCCACUAUCUAAUCCUCCUUUCGCGCCAGGGCAAAGUGCGCCUGGCCAAAUGGUUCACCACUCUGUCUCCCAAGGACAAGGCCAAGAUCGUCAAGGACGUUUCCCAGCUUGCAAGAAGCUCCGCCAGUUCUCCUGAGUCGCCGGAUGUGGCUAACUGUCUUUGCUCGUUUGCAGAUACCAAGAUUGUCUACCGCCGAUAUGCCUCGCUUUUCUUCAUCGCCGGAUGCUCCUCCGAGGACAACGAGCUGAUCACCCUCGAGAUCAUCCAUCGCUACGUCGAACAGAUGGACAAGUACUACGGCAACGUCUGCGAGCUCGACAUCAUCUUCUCCUUUACCAAGGCCUACUACAUCCUUGACGAACUCCUGCUGGCGGGAGAGUUGCAGGAAAGCAGCAAGAAGAACGUCCUACGAUGCAUAUCGCAACAAGACUCGUUAGAGGACAUGGAGGUCGAGGAUGAAGUUACAAAGAUCAUGUAA